GCGUCGCGAAAGGCCAGGCGUGCCAUGACGUGUGUGAAUAGCAUGUGAAAAGCGGAGUCGGUGAACUGCAGACGCCCUCGGCGGACAUUUGGGCUCAUUGGUUGGCAUAUGGGACUGAUUUGCAUGUGGUGGGAGUGUCCUGAGCCAGCCGUGGGAUGAAUGAGCGGUUCAAGUCAGACAGCAAGUCGGCUUUGGACUAAGCAGACAUCUGCAUGGCUCAAAAUGCCUCGCCUCUGUCAAAUGCUGCGCCUCCUGCUAUAAGUGGAAAGGGCUGGAAUAGGAUAUACCAUAAAUAUGGUCGAAAGAACACUCCUAGGACUUGGCCCGAGAGGGGAAAUAUGGGGAUUUUUCAUCCUUUUCCUUUACGCCGGCUCCCCGUCCUGUUUUGCGAGCUUCAGUCAAGCAAAAGAACUCCUCUAUAGAAUAAAGGAGGGGCUACCAAAGGGGACCUUCAUAGGAGCCAUUGGAGUGGACUUGAAUUUGGAUCUGACAGUUGACCCCCCCUAUUUUUUCAGCCUGGCUCAAAAGAGGCUCGGCGAACAGUACGUGACGCUCAAUAAUCUCACCGGAGAGUUUUUGACGUCCGCCACGGAGAUUGACAGGGAGACGCUUUGCCCUUCUAACCCGCACGGAUACGGAUGUUUCCUCUCGGUGGACGUGUUUGUGCUUCCGCAGCAAUAUUUUCAACUCAUCAAAGUGAAGAUGAUCAUCGAGGAUAUCAACGAUAACAGACCAAAGUUCCCUGUGGACGAGAUCGUGAUAUCCGUCCCGGAAAACACGGCCGUCAACGCUCGCUACGCGGUGGAGCAGUCCGCGGUUGACCCGGAUCUUGGUCUUCAUGGAGUGCAGACCUACUGGCUGGUGAACGACUUUGGCGUGUUCACGCUGGACGUGGAGGAGAACGAAGGAGGGGAGCUGACACCCUUCAUCAUCGUGACCGAUUUCCUGGACCGGGAAACGCAAGCCGAAUACGUCACAGACAUCAUCGCGGAGGAUGGGGGGACCCCCCCUCUACUUGGCGCGGCCACUCUCAAGAUUGUCAUCUUGGACGUGAACGAUAAUUGUCCCCGGUUCGCCGAGUCGCACCUCAAUCUCACUCUGCGCGGCAACGCCACCAAAGGGACGCAUUUGGCACGCCUGCACGCUUUUGACCCCGACGUCGGAGCAAACGCUCAGAUCGGCUACGCUUACAGCGAGCGGGUGCCGAGGGGGACCAGGAACUUGUUCCAUUUGAACCGAACGACAGGCGUGAUCAAAUUAGCGGGGAAAAUCGACGCCGCGGCGGCCGCGUCUUACAAACUCACCGUUCUGGCCAAUGGACCCGGUUGUAUUCCCGCUGUCGCCACCGUCGCGAUUCGUUUGAUCAAGGUUCGAACGGGUCCCCCCGUGGUCGUAGCCAGAUACAUCGCCCUUGAAAAAGACGGGGUGGUGAGCAUCAAGGAAUCUGAGCCAGCGUACUCCCCUAUUGCUUUUUUUACGGUCAAAAAUAUCGAUGCCGGUCACGGGGUGGACUGCCGUUUGGAGGGGGUCGGUCCGUUCAGGAUCGGACCGUACCAGCUGGUCAAAAACGAAUUCCUGCUCGAAACCACAGAGCCGCUGGACUACGAAACGGCUCGGGAGUAUGAGCUGGUUGUGGUUGCGGAGGAUAGCCAAGGGCUCGUCAUCGAGACCUUCCUCAAGGUGCAGAUUUUGGAUGAAAACGACAACGCUCCGGUUUUCCGGCAGUCUUUGGUGGAGAUAUCUCUGGACGAGAACAAUCCACCCAACACCUAUCUCACGCAGCUCCAGGCCACAGACCAAGACAGCGACGCGCGAGGGGCGGUCAUCUUUCUCCUGGGAGGCGACGCUCCCGCCAUCUUUGUUUUGGAUCGGCUGACGGGUAUCCUGAGCGUGACCACGUCGCUAGACCGGGAGGAGAAGGAUACGUACCGCUUUGUGGCGAGAGCGGUGGACCAGGGAACCCCUCGGAGGGAGUCCAUUGCCACCGUGGUGGUAACCGUGCGAGACCGCAACGACAACAGCCCGCGGUUCAUCAAUAAGGAUUUCACGUUUUUCGUGCCUGAGAACUUCCCGGGUUACGGCGAAAUCGGGGUGCUCUCGGUGACCGACGCCGACGUUGGGGAAAACAGCUGGGUGGCCCUUUCCAUCCUCAACGGUAGCGACAUCUUUCUGAUCGACGCCGGCCGGGGCGCGUUAAGGGCCAAGGUCUCGCUGGAUCGCGAGCAACAGGGUACGUACCAGCUGUGGAUCGAGGCCGUCGACGGCGGGGAACCGGCGCUCUCCUCCGUCACCAUGGUGACCGUCCUGCUCUUGGAUGUCAACGACAACCCGCCCGUCGUCCUCUUCCCUCAGUCCAAUCAGUCCUACAUGUUGGUUCUGCCCGACACUCUGCCAGGAACGUCCAUCACGGAGGUGUACGCCGUGGAUAACGAUACGGGAAUGAACGCUGUGAUUGCUUAUAGCAUCAUUCAAAGAAAGGGAGGGGAGCCCGGGUCCUUUUCCAUCGACCCGGAAACGGGAAAUAUCACUUUAGAGCGGGAACUCAGCAACCGCGGUCUCCAUAGCCUUCUGGUAAAGGUCAGUGAUCACGGUCAGCCGGAGCCACUCUACUCCACAGUCCGGGUGAACUUAUUUGUGAAUGAAACUGUGAGCAAUGAAAGUUACAUCCGGAGUUUGCUGACAAGGGAGGCUGAUAUCGAGGACAGACCCUGGCAGAUUGGCCAAUUGCAAGAGGGACCCGAGACCUAUGACAUGUUUCCGUGUCAACCUGCCCUCAUUGCCCUUUCGGUGACGUGCGUCGGGCUCUUCUUCUCCCUCGUUACACUGACGGCUUGCAUAUGCUUGAAAAGAUUUCACAAGCGAAAGGCAAAAUCCGAGGUUGAGUUACCUCUGAAAAUGAAGACGGACUCUAUGAAGGCUAAUAAUCGGAAGUUGGGCCACGUCUCAAAUAUCUGACGUCACGUCACACGUAUUGAUUAUUUUAAAUAGUCAAUACGUCUACUGGAAAAAAAAAAUAUCUCGAUCCGGGCGAUUUCAUUUUGACCUAAUACCAAACGGAGGCCACUUUGUUAGGAACACAACGAAAUACAACGCAUCACCACAAGUAGGCCGAUACAAAGACCUUCUCUUUCUAAGGUUAAAACGUAAUAUUUGUUAGCGGGCGGCCCGAUAGUCCAGUGGUUAGCACGUGGGCUUCACAGUGCAGAGGUACCAGGUUCGAUUCCAGCUCCGGCCUCCCUGCGUGGAGUUUGCAUGUUCUCCCCGGGCCUGCGUGGGUUUUCUCCGGGUGCUCCGGUUUCCUCCCACAUUCCAAAAACAUGCAUGGCAGGCUGAUUGAACACUCUAAAUUGUCCCUAGGUGUGAGUGUGAGUGCGAAUGGUUGUUCGUUUCUGUGUGCCCUGCGAUUGGCUGGCAACCGAUUCAGGGUGUCCCCCGCCUACUGCCCGGAGACAGCUGGGAUAGGCUCCAGCGCCCCCCGCGACCCUAGUGAGGAUCAAGCGGUUAGGAAGAUGAAUGCAUGAAUGAAUACAUAUUUGUUAGCGUACUUACAUUUUUUUGGUGGUGCAGAAUUGCACUGCAUCAUACUGAGAAGUAUUUUUGAACAUUUUGUCCAUCUGAUGCAGGGGCGCAUGAGGACAACAUCCACUUUUGAUGGAGCCUUUUCGGUGAAUCUCAAUCUGUUAAAUUGUGCAAGUAAACAAAAUGGUCUGCUCAGUGAGUGUCGACGACUGCUUGUAGUCCGAUUUUCUGACAUUCCCACAUUUGUGUCAGUGAAGGAGCAGAAAGCGAAAAUAAGAAAUGAUGUCAUCAUGUAUAUUUUGCACUUUUUUUUUUCCAACUUCGAAUGCACAGCUGAAAAUUGUCUUAUCACUGUUGGAGACCAUCCACAUUAUUGUCAGAGCUGUCACGCUAAUAUACAAACACAAUCUUUUUUUUUUUUGUAUCAAUGUGAGAAUGUUUCUUGUAAUAUUUAUGAUGUGACCAUGUAUUUUGGACGUAACAGCCUGCAAGGAGUUGGUUACCUUCUGUAUUUCCGCAGUCAAAUGUUUCCCCAAUCUUAAAAUGUAUGUAACGGCACACCCCGUUCACAAAUGCCAUUUAAAAGCUCUCUCUCGAUGUCAUACAUUUGUCGACUGUGCAAGAGUUUGAGAAUCUUUCGAAAAUUGAGUUGUUUUUAUUUUUUAUUUUUAUUUUUAAAUAUCCACACCGAAUUUGAUCCAUCCAUUUCAUCGUGAAACCUGACCGAAAGGUCCGUUUGGACUUGGACGUGUUUGUAGACAUUUCAUGGCACGAGGUCUGUCUCUUCAGGUUUUGUUGAACUUCAAACUGCAACCUGUUCUAGCGGAUCAUUUCAGGUGCCAUAGUUGGCAAGAUACUUUUUAUAUUGACACAGUCAAGUCUUCAUCGGACGCCAUACGUGACACCGAGGCAUUCGGUUGGCCUGUGUUACCCUCUGCAAGCGUGCGAUUCUCAAUGUGUCUGCGAAUUUUGACAAUGUGUGAGCGACAAACAUUAAAAGUGCUUUUUAUUUUAUUAGA